AGACCAUUUCUAGUAAAUGUAAAAAUAAAACCAAAGAUAUAGACAAGUAAUAGUAGUAGGGAAGUUGAAUAUAAAUAACACGAACUUAAGUUAUUUUUCAACAUUGAUCCGUUACAUCACAACAGUUUUUAGCUUUACAAAAUUUAACAAAAAAAUUAUUAAGUAUGUCCUCUUUAGUGCCUUUAUUUUUUCGUGACUGGUGGGAUGAUUUUGAAAGAGAACGAAUUCCUAGACGCUUGAUAGAUCAACACUUUGGUUUGGGGCUACAUAGAGACGAUCUCAAUAACCUGUCUACUACAUUAGUGUCGCCGUUAAGAUCUGGAAAUUAUUAUAGGCCUUGGCAAAAUGUAAUUAGCCGACAAAAUAGUGGAAUGUCAAACAUAACUUUUGGCGACAAUCAAGUACAAGUAAUUUUGGAUGUUCAACAAUUUUCACCUAAUGAAAUUACAGUUAAAACAUCUGAUGGAGCGAUAAUUGUGGAAGCUAAACACGAAGAAAAACCAGAUGAACAUGGUUUUAUAUCAAGACAGUUCAAAAGACGAUAUUUACUACCUAAAGAUGUAGAUAUUGAAAAAGUUGUUUCCAGCUUGUCUUCGGAUGGAGUCCUUACAGUCAGUGCACCAAAAAAGAAUACUGAAACAAUUGGUGAACGAAGUGUACCAAUUAUACAAACUGGAGCACCAGCAAUGAAGUUAAAAGAAAAUGAAAAAUCUGAGACUGAUGCAGUAAAAGUGACAGAAAUUAAAGUUGAACAACAAUAAGUAUUAAUUUUAAUAAAAAAUUAAUAAGUAAUAACUGUUAUCAUUAAGUUAAAAGAAAUGUUGUAACAUUUAACAAAAUAAAAAAUUCAUAUAAUUUUUUACUUUAA